AUGGCGUGUCCUAGAAACUCCAUUACAUACAACGCCACGCGCUGCGCGUGCGGUAUAGGUCAGCUUCUUAACCGGAGCUCCGGUAGCUGCGAGAUCUUCGGUUGGCCGUCGACGAUCACGACGGACAAAGACGUCAGCUACACCGGAAUAUCCUUCGCCGAGACUUUUUUCGCUUUCGAUAGGAUCCGGAAGUUUACUCAGUCACAAGCUGUGUUCCUCGAAGCAACCCUCGUGAUGCUUCUCUCAUGGCUACUCUUUUGCUUCAUCCUCAGAUUCACAAAUCUCGGCGACGGUCGUAGUAUCUGGUUCAAUCUCCGUUGGUGGGUUACUCGCCUCGAUGUCUUCUUCUCCACUAGGCAUUGGCUCGAUGAUCAGGAUAUUGUUAAGAAAAGGAAAACGGAAUUAGGUGGAACAUUCUCUGUUGCGAGCUGGAUUGUCUUCAUAGGAUUAUUCGCUGCGUUGCUUUACCAAAUCAUAACGAAGAGAACUAUUGAAGUUCACAAUGUGAGAGCUACUGGUUCUCCAGAUUUAAUCUCCUUCGAAAACGAUUUGGAGUUUAACAUCACUGCUGUUUCUGAUAUGAGUUGCUCUAAUUUACGCGGUAUCGGGAAUGUAGUCACUGGUAAUCCCGGAUUCAGCGAUUUCAAAGUUGCUUCUCUUUCCAGUAUUGGAAACUAUACUUGUAAGAAUACAAGUUCAGGGCCAACUGUGAAUUUCAAGUGUACAAGAUGUCGUCUCACCAAUGAUUACAUCUAUAUCUCGUGGCAUUUCGUUGAUCUUCCUGAUUCGCCUGCCGCUGCUGUUGGAUUUCAGUUUAACUUCACUUGUAAGAAUGGAGCUAACAAGAAGCAUAUAAGUUUUGUUAGUGGAACUCUGAGAAACGGAAGUCUCCUUGAUGAAAGGCCGGUUACUUUCCGUGGAAUCGAAGGGAACAUAUUGAAGUUUAAUCUGUUUCCCCGUAUUUACCAUCAUUUACAUGAUCUAAAGCUAAUCCAACCUCUGUUCCACGAGUUUAUCCCUGGCUCGGUUUACCAAGACACUGCUCAGCUUCAGGCAUCCAUGGGGAGGUCAACUGAUGGCAUACUCAACACCACAUUGUUCAUCAACUAUCUGUCUGCUUAUAUUGUUGAGAUCGACCAUGAAAAUAUACUCGGUCCUGUUAGCUUCCUUGCCGAUCUUGGUGGUUUGUAUUGCAUCAGUAUUGGCAUAUUUUUCUACCUACUAGUGCAGUGUGAGUACAGGAUCAAGAAGCUGCGAAAUGAAGAUACCAUAAUCAGGAGGAUACGAAAGCGUCGUAAAGCUCUUGACCACUGGGACAAACUGAGAAGAUAUGUUGCAUACACAUGGGAUUGCAGCAAAUUGGUUGAUGAUGCCCAUAAAACGACUAAGGUGUCAGCAAUCUGUGGUUUAAUGAGACCUUCAACAUCUUCUGGUCGCUCUAGUUCAGAACGUGGAUCAUCAAGAACAAAUAUGCAGCAUUCUAUUAUGUCGAGCAAGAAACCUGCCAUAUUAUUUAUUGAGAAGAAUGUAAUUCCACAACCUGCAAGCCUAGAAAUGAGAUCUUUUGAUUCGGCUUCUUCUUUGGCUCAUCGAGAUGAUAUCUCAAAUAAGAAGAGUAGUGAUGAUGAUAUAAUCCCUCAACCUCCUCCUAUGGAGUUCAGUGAAGAGUCUUCUGGUUCAGAAGUGGAUGCAAUCGACAUCAAGAAGAAAUUUCAACUUCUCUAUGACUACAACGUAUUGCUUAGGGAAAAACUUAUACACACUCAGUCUUUGUUCAAUGCUUUGGGUGCCAAAGCAUCAUCAUCUUCAACCAUGGAACACGGUGCCUAG